UUUCUUUCACUUUCUCGAGGGUGGUUCUGAGAGUAGGGUAUUCCAGAAAAGGGAGCAGGGCAAGCCAGAGAGAACAAUGGGUGGGUCAGUGAAGGAAGUCCAAUCUAAGCCGGAGCUGGAUAAUUUGCUUAGCAGCGGCGCGCCGGUGAUCGUUCAUUUCUGGGCGUCAUGGUGCGACGCCUCCAAGCACAUGGACCAAGUCUUCUCCCACCUCGCCACCGAUUUCCCCAGUGCCCACUUUCUCAGGGUGGAGGCUGAGGAGCUACCAGAGAUAUCGGAAGAAUAUUCUGUUUCUGCUGUGCCUUUCUUUGUUUUCUUCAAGGAAGGCAAGAAAGUUGAUGUAUUGGAAGGUGCAGAUCCCUCCAGUUUGGCGAACAAAAUUGCUAAAGUUGCUGGGUCUGUUAAUCCUGGAGAACCUGCAGCCCCUGCAAGCCUUGGAUUGGCAGCUGGACCUAGUGUUCUUGAAACAGUCAAAGAGUUGGCGAAAGAAAAUGGCUCUUCCCAAGUAUCAAACCAAGUUCAACCUGGCCUCAGUGAUGCAUUAGUAAAGCAAUUGCAACAGCUUAUCAACUCCCAUUCAGUGAUGCUAUUUAUGAAAGGGACUCCUGAAGCACCUAGAUGUGGGUUUAGCCAGAAAGUUGUAGAUAUUUUGAAGGCUGAAAAUGUGAAGUUUGGAAGUUUUGACAUCCUGUCUAAUAAUGAGGUACGUGAGGGGUUGAAGAAGUUUUCUAACUGGCCAACUUUUCCUCAGCUUUAUUGCAAAGGAGAGCUCCUUGGGGGAUGUGACAUAGCAAUUGCGAUGCAUGAAAGUGGUGAACUAAAAGACGUUUUCAGAGAUAAUGGAAUUGAUACUAAUCAUUCUGAGGAGCCAAAACAGGGUGAUAGUGAAGGUGGAAAGGGUGGCAUCUCAGAAUCCACUGGCUUAAGUGCAACCUUGACGUCCCGUCUUAAAAGCCUGAUUGAUUCAAACCCAGUUAUGUUGUUCAUGAAGGGAAGUCCUGACGAACCCAAGUGUGGUUUCAGUGGGAAGGUAGUUGAAAUCCUUAAAGAAGAAAAGGUCAAUUUUGAGAGUUUCAACAUUCUUUCCGAUGAUGAAGUUCGACAAGGUCUUAAAGUUUAUUCAAAUUGGUCAAGUUACCCUCAACUAUAUAUUAAGGGUGAACUGAUUGGCGGAUCUGACAUUGUCCUGGAGAUGCAGAAAAGUGGAGAGUUUAGAAGGCUUUUGGUUGAGAAAGGGGUUGUUCCAAAAGAGACACUUGAAGAUCGUCUAAAGAGUUUGAUUGCUUCUUCGCCAGUAAUGCUUUUCAUGAAAGGCAACCCAGAUGCUCCCAGAUGUGGUUUUAGUUCCAAAGUCGUAAAUGCCUUGAGGGAGGAGGGUGUAAGUUUUGGGUCCUUUGAUAUCUUAUCUGACGAAGAAGUGAGGCAGGGACUAAAGGUGUUCUCAAACUGGCCAACAUUUCCCCAGCUUUAUUACAAAGGUGAGCUUAUAGGUGGUUGUGAUAUUGUAAUGGAGCUCCGAGGCAACGGAGAGCUGAAAUCUACCCUGUCCGAGUAGGGUUGACAUGGUUUCUGUUAAAUAAUGCUGCACAAACCUAGAUUUCUACUUUCAGUAAGACUAUGGAUGUCAUACAAGUUUGCAUGAUUUACUUGCUCAUUGAUGAUCGGAUGCAUUGAUUUGAUAUGAAGUUUUGGUGUUAAAUCAUCAACAGUGUUUUCCUGUGAUAAACCUCAGCUAUUUAAGGGUCAUCUUUUCUUGUUUUGCCGUUGGCUAGUUGUUUAUGAAAAAGCUUCUUUCUCGUGUUGCACUAUUGUUUUGAUGGUCAAAUUCUGUAUGAAAGUUUACUCUUGCGAGGAUUAUGUUUUCUAAUGUAGAUAUCUGAUGGAACUUUUGAUA